ACCUCGUCACCUGGCAUCUCUUCUCUCAUUUUGCUCAGUUCAGCCGUGAGAGAGAAGAGCUCUGACAAACGCCAGUCCUCGGUUGAUUCCGUGACCGUCAGCCGGCCAGCAUGGAACAAUCCUACAUGGGCACUGGUACUGCCUACAGUGUCUAUGGGAAGCAGCCUCAAUCCUACGUGGGCACAGCCUACGACGAGAAAGCGGCCCAGUCGUACAUGGACUCUGUGUACGAAGAGAAGAAGAAAGCAGAGAAGAAGGCCCGCUCAGAGGCCAUCUGCUGUGAGAUCAUCGCCCUGGUGUUCGGAUUCGUCGGGCUGAUCGGCGUCUCCGCCGUUUGCGGCCUGCCUAUGUGGAAGGUGACGGCGUUCAUCCAGGAGAACAUCAUCGUCAUGGAGACGCGCUGGGAGGGCCUGUGGAUGAAUUGCUUUCGGCAGGCCAACAUCAGGAUGCAGUGCAAGGUGUACGACUCCCUGCUGUACCUGCCUCCGGACCUGCAGGCUGCCAGGGGUUUGAUGUGUUCUUCUGUGGCAAUAUCCGCCAUCGCCAUGAUCGUCUCUGCGGUGGGGAUGAAGUGUACCAGGGUGGUGGACCAGCGACCGCGAACAAAGCACAUUGUCCUAGUGUCCGGGGGAUGUCUGUUCCUCCUAGGCUGCCUUACCACCAUCAUCCCUGUCUCGUGGACGGCCAACGUGAUCAUCCGUGACUUCUACAACCCCCUGCUCAUCGACGCCCAGCGCAGGGAGCUCGGGGAGGCGCUCUACAUCGGCUGGGUGACGUCAGCUCUGCUGUUUGUGGCCGGAGUCAUCCUACUCUGUCGCCAUGCACCCCGGGUAGGAGACGAGGAGGACAGGAUGAUCUAUGACCCUAACGGUCCCGGGUACAUCUAUCAGCCUGCACCAAGCUACCAGCUUGAAACAGGAUACACCUACCAACCCAACUACUCCUACCAGCCCAACUACUCCUACCAGCCUAACUAUGCAGCCCCAAACGGGUCUGUGGUCUACGCUCCUAAUCGGUACAACUGACCAAGUUCAAACCAACAAAGACUUUGUUGCCUGCUGCCAGCUGGGAUCCAAGCAUAAAUGGAAUAAAUAGAACAGAACUGGUAUUGAUCAAUAGGAUAUCAUUAAUUCUAUGUCUGUGGAUCCAAGCAAUGUUGCACUUUUGGUGUGUUGAGUAAGAGACACUGUAUUGUCCAGACUGAAGGAAAUGGCCAAUCACGGAAUAUUUUGUUCAGGAACAAAAUAAAAUUAAGCAGACUGG